AUGAGGGCUGUCCUUCAGCGGGUCAAAGGCGCCACUGUUCAUGCAACGAGCUUCUUGGCUGACUUCAACCUGUACACCCUCGAAACCGACACAGUGGAUGGCAAGCUCGUGUCCAAGAUCGGCCCAGGCAUUGUAGCGCUCAUCGGUAUCUCUACUGAAGACACGGCUGCUGAGAUUGUGCCGCUUGCCAACAAGAUCCUCAAUACCAAGCUAUGGAACGAAAACCAAGAUGCAGGCCAGAUCACCGUCCCCUUGCAGUACGAACCAGAGCAAUUCAUACCUGCGGCGGCACAAACAAGCAAUGGCGAAGCGGCAGCAACAGUAGCAGAGGGGGAUGGAAAGGCCAAGGCGCGAUCGGAGCAAGUCUGGGGCGGCAAGCCCUGGAAGCGAUCUGUCAUCGAGCUGGGCGGUGAGGUCUUGUGUGUUUCGCAGUUCACGCUGUUUGCAAGGACGGUCAAGGGCACCAAGCCAGACUUUCACAGAGCAAUGGGGGGCGACAAUGCUAAGAUCAUUUACGAGACGUUGCUGAAGAAGCUGGGUGACAGCUAUGCUGCAGACAAGAUCAAGGAUGGUGCAUUCGGCGAGAUGAUGGAUGUUUCGCUGACCAAUGACGCAAGAGAAUGUGGCCUUGACAACCUUUCUUGCUUCGACCUUAUCUUCACUCGCAAUUAUCUCCACGAAACAGGACCUGUCACCAUCUUGCUAGACACCACCGAGAAGAGAUAG